UCUCUUCCUUGCCAGGGACUGGAGGAUUGUGUGGCUGAAGCAGCUGAAAAGGGGCAGGCAAAGAAGUGGAGGCAGCAUUCUUCCUAUUUAAAGCUGCAUCACUUGGGAAGAAAAAAAAGUGUGUGCAAAGGCUGGUGGGGUGGGAAAAGCAAGGCAAAGCAAGCCAGCAGCUGGGGAAACCACAGGAUCCCCCCUUCCUUCCCUUUCCCCUCUCUGUGCGUCCUGAGAGAGUGCUGAAAAGAAAAGAGCUGGCUUCAUGGUGUUCAAAUAGGGUUUUUCUUUUUUCCUCUGCUGCAACACUUUUGCACUUUUCCUGAUCCCCGGAGGAGGAGAAGAGAUCCAUGUCUAAUAUUUAGACAUGAUGGCAAUCUGGACCCCAAGGAGAAAGUUUGUCCUCCUUCUGGCUUUUCUGGGACAUUUAGGAACCAUAAGGACGCAAGAGGAGGAAGAGUUUGAAGGGGAACUAGAUGCUGAAGAUGUUCCUUGCACUCAGAAUGGCCAGGUGUACCUGAACAGGGAUAUAUGGAAACCUGCACCUUGUCAAAUAUGUGUCUGUGACAACGGAGCCAUUCUUUGUGAUGAGAUCCAGUGUCUUGAUGUGUUGGAAUGUGAAAACCCACAGCCUCCUCCAGGAGAGUGUUGCCCUGUGUGUCCGAACACGGCCCGGAAUGGUUUCGAAGGAGCUAUUGGUAGAGGUCGAAAGGGUCAAAAAGGGGAACCUGGAAUUGUACCAGUGGUUACUGGUAUAAGAGGACGGUCUGGACCAGCUGGACCUCCAGGAUCACAAGGACCGAGAGGAGCUCGAGGGCCCAAAGGAAGACCUGGUGCUCGUGGUCCUCCAGGAUUGGAUGGUGAACCUGGUAUACCUGGACAACCUGGUGACCCUGGUCCUCCUGGUCAGCCAUCCACAGGACCAGAUGGAGUGGGCAGACCAUUUACAUCUCAGAUGGCAGGACUAGAUGAGAAAUCUGGACUUGCUGGUCAAAUGGGAUUCAUGCCUGGUGCUGUGGGUCCUGUGGGUCCAAGAGGGCCUCAAGGUCUUUCAGGACAACCAGGUGGUAGAGGCCCACCUGGCCCACCAGGUGAACCCGGGGAACCAGGACCAAUGGGUCCAGCUGGUGUUCGUGGUCCAGAGGGUCCUCCUGGAAAACCUGGUGAAGAUGGUGAAGCUGGGAGGUCAGGACAGCCUGGAGAAGUUGGAUUCCCAGGAUCUCCAGGUGCGCGAGGUUUUCCUGGUGCACCUGGUCUUCCAGGAUUAAAGGGCCAUAGGGGACAUAAAGGACUUGAAGGCCCAAAAGGUGAAAUUGGAGCCACUGGAUCUAAGGGUGAACCUGGCCCAUCUGGUCAGAUGGGUCCAACUGGUCCAUUGGGUCCUCGAGGAAUGGCAGGAGAACGAGGACGAAUAGGACCACAAGGUGCUCCAGGAGGUCGUGGUUCUCAUGGUAUGCCAGGAAAGCCAGGGCCAAUGGGUCCUCUUGGUAUACCUGGUUCAGCAGGUUUUCCAGGUGUCCCUGGCAUGAAGGGUGCUCCUGGAGAAGAUGGUCGACCAGGUCCAGCAGGACCAAUAGGAAUUAGAGGUCAGCCAGGUAGCAUGGGUCUCCCUGGACCAAAAGGCAGUAGUGGGGAUCCAGGAAAAGCUGGUGAAGCUGGCAAUGCUGGUGUCCCAGGGCAGAGAGGUGCUCCUGGUAAAGACGGUGAAGUUGGCCCUUCUGGUCCAGUUGGUCCCCCUGGGCCAGCAGGAGAAAGAGGAGAACAAGGUCCCCCAGGUCCUACAGGCUUUCAGGGCUUACCUGGUCCUCCAGGACCUCCAGGGGAGGGAGGAAAGCCAGGUGAUCAGGGUGUUCCGGGUGAUGGUGGAGCACCAGGUCCUUUAGGUCCAAGGGGUGAACGUGGCAAUCCAGGUGAGCGAGGAAAUCCUGGAGCAUCUGGUAUUCAGGGAGAAAAGGGUAUGGCUGGAGGUCAAGGGCCUGAUGGUGCAAAGGGAAAUCCAGGCCCCUCUGGAACUCCAGGGGAUCAAGGACCUCCAGGUCUUCAGGGAAUGCCUGGAGAAAGAGGCAUUGCUGGAACCCCUGGUCCCAAAGGGGAUAGGGGUAGUAUAGGAGAAAAAGGAAGUGAAGGUACAGCUGGCAAUGAUGGUGCAAGGGGUCUUCCAGGUCCAUUAGGCCCAGGUGGCCCCUCAGGUCCUGCUGGUGAAAAGGGAGAACCUGGGCCCCGAGGUUUAGUUGGCCCUCCAGGCUCUCGUGGAAAUCCUGGCUCUCGUGGUGAAAAUGGUCCAACGGGCCCAGUUGGUUUUGCUGGUCCUCCGGGCCCUGAUGGUCAACCUGGUGUGAAAGGUGAACCUGGGGAGCCUGGACAAAAAGGAGAUGCUGGAUCCCCUGGACCCCAAGGUCUUUCAGGUUCUCAUGGCCCGCCAGGUCCUUCUGGGGUUCCUGGACUAAAAGGCGGCCGUGGUACCAAAGGUCCCCCUGGUGCUACAGGUUUCCCUGGAUCUGCUGGUAGAGUUGGACCCCCAGGACCUACUGGAGCUCCUGGUCCAGCUGGGCCUAUUGGUGAACCAGGCAAAGAAGGUCCCCCAGGCCUACGUGGAGAUCCUGGCGCUCAUGGUCGAGUAGGAGAUCGUGGUCCAGCUGGCCCAGCUGGCAGUCCAGGAGAUAAAGGAGACCCAGGAGAAGAUGGACAACCUGGUCCUGAUGGUCCACCAGGCCCUGCUGGAACUACUGGUCAGAGAGGCAUUGUGGGUAUACCAGGUCAACGUGGAGAAAGAGGCAUGCCUGGGCUACCUGGACCUGCUGGCACACCAGGAAAACAAGGUGGAACAGGCCCACCAGGAGACAAAGGACCUUCUGGGCCCAUAGGUUCUCCAGGUACUACCGGUCCAGUGGGUGAAGCAGGCCCAGAGGGUCCUGCUGGUAAUGAUGGUACUCCUGGACGAGAUGGAGCUGUUGGAGAAAGGGGUGAUCGUGGUGAACCUGGACCUGCAGGCCUUCCUGGUUCUUCAGGAGCACCAGGUACUCCCGGACCUGUUGGACCUACAGGAGAUCCAGGGCAAAGAGGUGAACCAGGCUCACGAGGACCAGUGGGUCCUCCCGGACGUGCUGGAAAACGGGGAUUGCCGGGUCCCCAAGGUCCUCGUGGAGACAAAGGUGACAAUGGAGAUCGAGGUGACAGGGGACAGAAGGGUCAUCGUGGUUUCACUGGUCUUCAGGGUCUCCCUGGACCACCUGGUCCUAUCGGGGAACAAGGCAGCCCUGGGAUUCCAGGUCCAUUUGGCCCAAGAGGUCCUCCAGGUCCAGUUGGGCCUUCAGGUAAAGAAGGAAAUCCUGGCCCUCUUGGACCAGUUGGACCUCCUGGUGUAAGGGGAACUUCAGGAGAAGCAGGACCGGAGGGUCCACCAGGAGAUCCUGGCCCUCCAGGCCCACCAGGUCCUGCAGGCCACCUCACUGCUGCAAUUGGUGAUAUUUUGGGGCAUUAUGAUGAUGGUCUAGCUGAUGCCCUGCCCGAGUUCACUGAAGAUGAGGCUGCCCCAGAUGACAGCAAUAAAACAGACCCAGGGGUCCAUGCUACCUUAAAGUCACUGAGCAGCCAGAUUGAAACCAUGCGCAGCCCUGAUGGCUCCAAGAAGCACCCGGCUCGUACUUGUGAUGAUCUGAGACUGUGCCACCCAUCCAAAAAGAGUGGAGAAUACUGGAUUGAUCCUAACCAGGGUUGUGUGGAAGAUGCCAUCAAAGUAUUCUGCAAUAUGGAAACAGGAGAAACGUGUAUAUCUGCAAAUCCAUCUACUAUUCCACGUAAAACAUGGUGGAGCAGUAGGUCAUCUGACCUAAAACCUGUGUGGUAUGGGCUUGAUAUGAAUAGGGGCUCACAGUUUGUCUAUGGUGAUAGUCAGUCACCGAACACUGCUGUAACUCAAAUGACCUUCCUGCGCUUACUGUCCAAAGAAGCCUCUCAGAAUAUCACCUACCAUUGCAAGAACAGUAUAGGUUACAUGGAUGACCAAGCCAAGAACCUGAAGAAAGCUGUGAUUCUGAAGGGAGCAAAUGAUCUUGAGAUUAAAGCUGAAGGAAACAGCCGGUUUCGAUACACUGUCCUUCAUGACAGUUGCUCUAAACACAGUGGAAAUGUGGGAAGCACGGUCUUUGAAUACAAAACACAGAAUGUGGCACGCUUACCUAUUAUUGAUAUUGCUCCUGUGGACAUUGGAAGUGCAGACCAAGAAUUUGGAAUAGAGAUUGGGCCAGUUUGUUUUGUGUAAACAAGGGGGAAAUUCAAUGAAUACAAAAGGGAACAUCUUACCUAUUCAAAAGCAUUGGGAUCAACAGCAACAGCAACAAACCACAAGAACUUAGACUGAGUGAAGUUAAUCCUGAGACUCUUGAAGUGAUAGCUGAUAUUGGGAUCAGCAUUGUAUAUAACCAUUCUUUAUAAUUCCCUGGCCUUCUUUAGAAUAUUUAUUUUAUUUACAUACAAACCUUCAGUCUAAUUGUCCCAAGUCAACAUUUUAAUGAAGUAAUAGGAAUUUAAAACACACCGGACCACUCUUUGAUGCAAAAAAUAACAUACGUUUCCUAAUUAUAAAUCAUAAUCAGAAUGAUGCCUUUUAUUGGGGACUUCUACUCAGUAUAAUUCAUAUGAUACAAGUAAUAUAAAACAUUCAACUCACUAUUGAACCAGUGCAGUAUCAUAGAUUGUGACAGUACCAGUGCAAUCUUAUACAUUUCCAGUCCAUUGUAACUCCCAUUUAAUCCAGUGGGAUUUUUUCUCUACCAGGUAAAUAUAGGAUUGCAGCCUCAUUGGUAUUAGAAGGUCGUAGCCCAAGAACUAGUUAGUUAAAUUUAUUCUUUGCUCCUGGCUGACCCCUUUGGUAAUGGAAGAAGCCACAUUUGACAUAAUUCUCCCUUCUAUGCAACUCUUAAAGGUACAGGACCCCUCUCAGGGUCUAGACAUGGGAACCUUUAAGGCCCCUGGGCCCAUCGUCCCAAAGUCUCCAAAGCACCCUUACCUUUUUAUUUUCUUACUAAUAGCACAUAACCUCUGUCACCAGUGUGAGGUUUUCCUCAUGGUCUUCUUUUCUUUUGGAUAUCUUUCAUUUAGUUUUGCGUCCCCACCAUCUUUUGUUCAAGCUACUACUUUUUGACAGAUUUCGUAUACCAUUUAACUUCCUUAUUUGCCCCUUAGAUUUUUCCUUCUUUCCUUUCUUUUCAAACCACUGCCAAACUCAGCUCUUGCUUCUGGGCUUUCUAGUUUUUGGUUCACAUUGCCACUUAGCUGUUCUUGUGCCUAGGAGUCAUGUGAGGGGUUUCUCUAGCCAAACAGACAUUUCACUUGCCUCACAGUAUAUGGAAUGUUCAUAAAUAUUCUGUUGCAAUGGUUCAUGAACACACAAUAACUUAAAAACUCAACAAAAUACUGUCAGAACUGUUACUACCAUUGUCGCCGACAGCUCUUUCAGUAUAGUACAGUAUUAAUUGCAAGAGUGUGAUGUAGGCUUCACAAUCAGAAAAAUCAGUGCUUUUAGCUUUGUCAGCUAGUUUUGUGUUUAGCACAGUUUUUAAAUGUGCACACACAUCUCUCCUUUGGAUACUGGUCAUAAUGUGUGAAUUGAUCUGCACUCUAUUUGAGAGAGUCUAUCAUUGGAACAAAGAACUAAUUUGUGAACUGUAUUUACACACCUUGUCACAAUGCAGAAAGUUGAAUCUGGCAUUACUUUCCACCAUUUAAGAUCUUCCAUGGUUCAAUGUUCAACUCAGUCCAGUUCUUUCAUUGACCAAUUGCUAUUCAUAAGUCAGUCAUCUUAAAAUAUGUUACCCCCAAAACAAGUCUUAAAUUCAGUGCUAAUAGGAUUUUGACUGGCUGUCUACUAAUAACCUCUAAUGAGCCAUUUCCUCAUUAACUUUUUUUUACUUCACUGUGGUCAGUAUCAAAAUAUCUGAAGGAAUUCAGUGAACAUCAAGAUUUCCCUUCUCCUUCAAAUGUAUUGUCCAGGUAUAUGUGUUGUCAUUUAUUUCCAUUUAUUUCCAUUUCCAUUUACACCAAAACCAAGAAUUAAUUAGAAAGAUUAGAGUGACUCACUGUUGCUGAAGUAAACUUUAACUCAACAACUGGUCAUGCAUCACCAGCGAUUGUGACUUGCCUGCCUUGCUUUACCAGGGCACACAAAUGGGCCAUCAUUUCUUAGCAUGAGCUACCUCAUCUCUAGAAGCUGGGAUGCAUUUAAUAAUCUAGUGUUUGUUCUAGAUAAUGACAAGGUGCUAUGCUUCUGUUGUAAUUCCAAGAAUGGAGAUAGGCAGGGCAAUAUCAUGUUAAAAUAGUAAUAAUAACAACAAUAAUAAAAUGUUUGUUUUUCAAAGGGAAUGGUGCUAAAAUGGUUUCUGUAAAAUCCUGAGAAAAUAAAAGAUUACUUUUAAAAAAAAGAAUAGACUUUAGAUAUUAGAUUCCAGAUGUCUGGGGAAAAUGUUUUACAGUAUAUUUUCCCUUAUGGUUAUGAAUGCUGGGUACACUAGCAUACUCUUUUCCCUUCCAUAGAAUAUGUGGUACAAACCUACUUUUCUAUGGUCUGUUUCUUUGUUGAAGAAUUGUUUCUCAUCUGUUUCUUUAAAAAAAAUAAACUCAAAAAAGAGAGAAAAAGCCACACGCAUAGCUUUAUUCAUGUAUCUUUGCAAAGCAUUUAAUUAAAUAUAAGUUUCUCGCUGAGUACUGGCUUCCUUUGUCCAGAGUCCUUCUGACAAUAUCAGGCCAUUUCUGGGGGAAGGAAACGUGUGUGUGUUGUGCAUGUGUGUGUAGGUGUACAUGAACAUGGGUCGAAGAGAGUAUGUGUGUUACCUUUGGAUUUAAAAUGUAGCACACUAAAUACAAGUAUAUUUUAAAUUAAGUUAUGAUGGCAUUUUUGAGUGAUAUGUGUUUAUGACCAUACUUCUCAGCAACAAAGGAACCAAAUGAUUUUCAUGGAAUGCGGAUUGGAUCAUUCAAGAUUUGGCAACGCUGUUUUUGAAACUCCAGAAAUUCAAGAUUUUAAAUUGUUGAAUAAAAUAUUAUGAUAAAAUUAA